GUUGCAACACCGACCUAGACGAGAGGCAGGGAUAUAAAGAGGGGUGGUCGUAUCCAGUAUAGAACCGGUGUUUUAUCCCCCUCUCCUCAGUGAUACCUUCGUUGUCGCUUUCUUUGGUCGUAUCCAGCAAAAUGAAGACUUCUAUCUUGUCUCUUAUCGCGCUCUCCACAGCCGGAGUAUUGGCUCACGGUGAAGAUGCCGCAAAAGAGAUGGGCCCGGUGGCAUUCAUGUGGCCGCCCGACCGGAAAUGGGGAGAGAAGUACGACAACAACGCCCCCUGUGGUUCGUCUACUGGGCCGGUCAACAGAACCGAUUUCCCGUUGAUCAACGGAAAGCUUGCCCUCGUCGUGCAAGACGAAUCAUGGAACGUUCAAGUCUCCGUCUCCCACAAGAACAACCCGACCAGCAACGACGACUUUGAAUCCUUCAUCGAGAAGUCCGAGAUUUCAGACAUCAAACCCGGACACGAGUGCUAUUCGGUCCCGAAUCCCGCCAUCGACGCGGAAGCCGGCCAGAAUGCCACAUUCCAGAUCAAAUAUACGGGUGACAUGGACUCUGACAAGAACGAGACCUACUAUGCCUGCGCGGACGUGACCUACGUCCCCGCCAGCAAGUUCACGUACUCUGUUCCCUGCUUCAACGUGACGUCGGAUGAGUUCACUGCAGUGACUACCACUGCGGGUGCGGGAUCCACCGCAACGGCUGGGUCGAAGGGUUCGGACGACAAGGCCAAAGCGGACUCGGACUCGGACUCUGGUAGCAGCGGUGGGGGCUCUGGUCUUUCCGGCGGUGCUAUUGCGGGUAUCGUGAUCGGUGCGGUGGCUGGUGUGGCCAUUGGCGUUGCUUUGCUGUUCGGAUACCGCAGACUGUUGCAGAAGUAUCGGUCUGCGAGGAAUCAGGCUUCUGUCAGGAACGUGGAUUGGGCUGAGAAUGCUAAGGGAGAGGUCGAUCAUACCCCGAUGGGUUUGCGGAAGAUUAGGUGA